CGUGACAACUUGGACCUUGCGUGCCCAACCCCUUGAUCAAUCGCUUCACAACUGCCAAAUCGCAAAGAGGUCCUCCUUGCAAAGGCUACAUUGAUGUCUUCUGACCUUCGCACCGCCCUCAAUUGUUUGCGCCACCCGUCACGGUUCAUGCCACUUUCGAGAACACAACUGUCGAGAGUCCAUACGGGUGAUAGUAUACAAAAUAUAUCAAGUACAUAAAGAACAAGUGGCAAAGCUAGUCUUGUUUGCCCAGCAUGGAGACCGUGAGCAGUACUAGUAGUAAUUCCACCGUGACGCUGGUCGAGCUCAAGCGCUCGCUAGUCCCGCCGAAGUGGGAGGAUGGCGUGCGUGUCGUCGGGAUGUCAGAAUGUAGGGAGGCGGCGCUGACGCUGGCACAUGCCUUUGCUGCUGAUGAUUAUGCCCAGUACCUAGCUGAUCCCGGCGACAUGGAUGAUAUCUCGGCCGAGGACAAGUGGAAGCUGCACCUCGACAUCACCACGUACACGGUCGCCGCCGGCUGCCUCGAGGGCCUCGUCACUACCGUCGGACCCGACUACGACAGCGUCGCGCUCUGGGUGCCACCCGGCAAGGAGCUAGACGGGUGGGUGGUGACCCUGCGAAGCGGGCUGUGGCGGCUCUACUUCCAGCUCUCGGCCGAGGGUCGCAAGCGCUAUUUUGACGAGAUCCUGCCGCUGCUUCACGAAACCAAGACUGGUGUGCUUGGCGACCGCGACGCCGACGCGUGGUAUCUGGUCAACCUCGGCACCAAGCCCAACUCGCAGGGCCGUGGGUACGCCCAGCGUCUCCUCGAGGACAUGUUCCACAAGGUCGACGCCGAAGACCGCCCCAUCUACCUCGAGUCGAGCUCGCAGGCCAACAACACAUACUACGAAAAGUUUGGCUUCGAGGUCAAGCGCGAGAUCUCGCUCACGCGCGGAAACGCGCCUGUGCGGCUGUGGAUCAUGGUUCGUGAGCCCAGGCCCGCCCGCAAGGUCGCUUACCACCACCACCACCAGUCUCCUACCAGCCCGAUGAUGAUGAAAACCAAGAAGUUCCACAUCGGCGCUGGUGCCGUUGCCGGUGUAAAGAUGUGAGAUGUGACCAAGGGCCGAGCUAGCU